GCAAUGUGUCUUUGCCGUGUGCAAUAAAGUCACGUCAGUACCUCGGUGCAGAUCCAUAGAUAAUGCACGAGUUAGAGCCCGGAAACGUACUUCAUAUCAGCAUAGCGCAGCUGAACCCCGUCGCUAAAUGUUCAGCGCAUUUUAUUGGCUAAUACAUCCAGAGAUAGGUUUAGUUCCGUACAAAGAUAAACACAAAGCAGCUGAUAGGUGACUGACCGUUGUGUUUUCGAAAACAUCUAUCCUAACCAGCAUUUGCGAUAAGCUAACGAAGUUAGCCACAGAGAGGAGUUCGGCGUUCAUUGACUCGUCUAACUUACGUCACACAUUAUCUUCACAGCCGGAUGGUGCUUUCACGUUGAUUACGUCGUAGUCAAUCGAAUGUGGUGGGACACCACCACUUUUUGACAUGUCCCUCAUACCAAAGGAGAAGUCUCAGCUUCAGUUUGACGAAAGAUGGCCCAAAAUGCGGCCGACCAUUCUCAAGUUGCUGCACCAAGAGCCCAUUACCAGAGACGAGUGGCAGGGCUUGUUUUGGGACGUACAUGCGGUUUGCCUGUGGGACGAGAAGGGUCCUUCCAAGCUGUACUCCGCGCUUCAGGAAGACAUACUCGAAUUCAUCCGCGUUGCUCAAAAGCGUGUGCUGGAGCACGAAGAGGAUCAAGCGCUGCUCAACGCCUACAUCCGCGAGUGGCGAAAGUUCUUUGUGCAGUGCAGCUAUCUUCCGAUGCCAUUCGGGCAGCUGGAAGCUGUGCUGGCGGGCAAGAGCCCCAAGAGGGCGGAGGAGGGCCUCGUUCGCAAGCUAAUGCUGGAUACCUGGAAUCAGAGCAUCUUUUGCUCAAUUAAGGGCCGCCUGCAGAGCAGCGCAAUGAAGCUGGUGCAUGCCGAACGUAACGGAGAAGCUUUUGACUCUCAACUGGUGGUUGGGGUGAGGGAAUCGUACGUGAACCUCUGCUCCAACCCCGAGGACCGGCUACAAAUCUACAGGGAGAACUUUGAGCGUGCUUACAUAGAUGCAACAAAACAGUUCUAUCGGGCACAGGCACCACAAUACCUCGAAGAAAACGGUGUACAGAACUACAUGAGGUACGCCGACCAGAAGUUAAAGGAAGAAGAGCAGCGUGCUGCGAAGUACCUCGAAUCCUACUCCGAUUCCGUUAAGGCGCUGACGGAAUGCUGCGUGAGUGUCCUGGUGACUGCCUUCAAGGACGUCAUCCUGGCCGAGUGUCCCGGCAUGAUUCGUGCGGGAGAAACAGAACGGCUCCAGCUCAUGUUCUCCUUGCUGGACCGGGUUACAGACGGCGUUGGCCCAAUGUUGCGUGACCUGGAGCAACACAUUUUGGCGCAAGGGCUCGCUGACAUGCACGCUUCUGCGGAUAUAAUUACGCAGGACUCAGAAAAGUACGUGGAACAGUUGUUGGACCUGUUCCAGAGGUUUAGUAAGCUAGUCAAGGACGCCUUCAACGACGACCCUCGAUUUCUCACUGCCAGAGACAAGGCUUUCAAGCAAGUAGUCAAUGACACUUCGGUGUUUCGCCUGGAGCUUCCAUGCAAACAAAAGGGGGUUGCCAACAAGACGCAGCCAGAGUCCCGGUGUCCUGAGCUGCUGGCCAAUUACUGUGACAUGCUCCUCCGCAAGACUCCCCUCAGCAAAAAGCUCACUUCUGACCAGAUCGAGGCAAAGCUUAAAGAAGUGCUGCUGGUGCUUCGUUACGUCCAGAAUAAGGACGUCUUCAUGCGGUACCACAAGGCACACCUCACGAGGCGGCUCAUCUUAGAUUCUUCCGCAGACAGCGAAAAGGAGGAGAAUAUGGUGGAAUGGUUGAGGGACGUGGGCAUGCCUGCGGACUAUGUAAAUAAGUUGGCAAGAAUGUUCCAAGACAUCAAAGUGAGCGAAGAUCUGAACCAACAGUUCAAGGACGUGCAUCGGAACAGCAAGGGGCUCCUCGCAGGUAAUGCUCGGCGCGCGUUCCACUCCGAACAGAAGUCAUUUCUGGUUCCGCAACUGUUGCCAGACUCUAUAAACAUCAAGAUCCUGAAUGCCGGCGCAUGGGCGAGGGGCAGCGAGAGGGUGCAGGUUUCACUGCCCCUCGAAUUGGAGGACUUCAUCCCAGAGGUGGAGGAGUUCUACCGCAGGAAGCACAGCGGACGCAAGCUGCAGUGGUACCACCACAUGUCCAAUGGCACGAUAACAUUUUGCAACCAAGCUGGUAAGUUCGACCUGGACGUGACCACCUUCCAGAUGGCAGUCGUGUUUGCGUGGAACCAGCGGCCGCACGACAAGAUAUCCUUCGAAAACCUCAGGCUGGCCACGGAACUUCCCGACGCUGAGCUGCGGAGAACGCUUUGGUCCUUAGUUGCCUUUCCCAAAUUAAAACGGCAAGUAUUGCUAUGUGGGUUCGAGGCUAAAUCUCCGAAGGACUUCGAUGACAGCACACUUUUCUGGGUGAACCAGGAAUUCUCAGUGAUAAAAAACGGCAAAGUACAGAAACGAGGAAAGGUGAACCUCAUCGGACGGCUGCAACUGUCGACGGAAAAGAGCAAAGAAGAAGACAACGAAAACAUAGUCCAGUUGAGGAUAUUGCGUACACAGGAGGCCAUAGUGAAGAUAAUGAAAAUGCGCAAGCGUAUCACCAACGCGCAGCUGCAGACGGAACUUGUGGAGAUCCUCAAGAACAUGUUCCUCCCAUCCAAGAAGAUGAUCAAAGAGCAGAUCGAAUGGCUCAUCGAGCACAAGUACAUGCGCCGAGACGAGGACAACAUCAACGAGUUCAUCUACAUGGCCUGAACGGAGACGCGCGGGACUCUGGUUUUUCUGUCCGUCCACUCUGGUGGCCCGCCAGCGCAGACGUGCCAACCCGUCUGGCUGCAGACGUUUUUUAAGUUAAGGAAAAAAAACAGACGUAGUUGCAUCGGUGGCGCCCUCUUUCCGGCAUUCUGGAUGCGGCCGAUGCUCCGACGGUGGAGCAGAUUCUGUUCCGUGCUUCCUAGCGUUGUGUAAUUGUUGACGAGGGCGGAGGCCAAGAUGCAACCGAGACGGCCACCGCCCGAUACUGGUGAUGCAUUCUAAGAAGUGUUCAAACACUGUGGACUUUCCGAGUGAGGUGGCACCGUCGCCCGUGCUGUUCACAACUGCCACACGUUUUCUUUUGCCGCCAAAAUUAUGAAUCUCCCGAAAUAGAACUAGGUGCUAAGCAUGCAUCGAUCUCUUUUCAUUGAACUCUUCUUUUGUAUAUGUAUUUAUUCUUCCAAUACAACUUGAGGCAGUGUGCUGUUUCAUGCCUGUAGAACAAACGAGGGCCAUAUUGGACGCAAAAACUCUCCAACGCCGCCUUGGGCGUCAGCUGUAAGUAAUUCUACGUGUGAAUAAUAAAUGCCUUGCUCCAGA